AUGAAAGCAAUGAAAGCAUUCGAGAAUGUUUUUCUCGACAAAACCGGAAAUCAAUGGUCGGAUCGUGGGUCAUUCAAGAAAAUGGCGAAUAAACUGUAUCCUUUGGAAAUUGAUUACAAUAAUGAUGAAGUUGAAAAGCUUACAAACAAUACCGAUUCCGAACUUCGUUCGAAUUUGUCACAACCCGUCCAGGAUUUGGUCAGUCUUAUAUUCAAUGUUGAAACUAUGGAAAAAACUUUAUUAUCGUUUGAAAUUGAUUUGACUAAAAUGCCAUUGGGUAAACUUUCGAAGAAUCAACUAGAACUAGCUUAUAAAGUUCUAACAGAAUUGCAAACACUGAUCAAUGAUACAGUAAAGAAUAGAAACUUGAUUAUUGAUGCGAGCAAUCGAUUCUAUACGUUAAUUCCACAUGAUUUUGGUUUGAGAAAACCGAUUAUUCUCGAUCGACUGGACUUAAUUCAAUCAAAAACUGAAAUGAUCGAUAAUUUACUUGAAAUCGAGAUCGCUUAUUCCAUGUUGAAACGAUCAAAAGAUGAUGGAGAAGAACAUCCGAUCGAUGUUCAUUACAAAAAAUUGAAAACUCUCAUUGAACCCAUCGACAAAACAACAGAUGAAUUUCAACGUAUCGAGCAGUACAUGCAAAACACACAUGCAUCGACACAUAACCAAUACAAAUUGAAAUUAAAAGAACUGUUUAAAAUUGUUCGAGAAGGUGAAAAUGACCGAUUCGAGAAGUGGGGUCAGUUGCCGAAUCAUCAAUUGUUAUGGCAUGGAUCGCGAACAACAAAUUUUGUCGGAAUACUCAGUCAGGGAUUACGCAUUGCACCACCGGAAGCACCAAUGACGGGUUAUAUGUUUGGCAAGGGUGUGUACUUUGCUGAUAUGGCUUCAAAAAGUGCGAAUUAUUGUUUUACCAAUCGAGAAACAUCAGAAGGUUUGAUGCUUUUGUGUGAAGUUGCUCUUGGUAAGACGCACGAAUGCUAUCAUGCGACAACGUUCUCUGCGAGUACACUACCUAAAGGAACACAAUCAACAAAAGGUUGUGGACAAACGAUUCCGGAUCCAAAAGAAAAUUAUUUUACGGAUGACGGUGUUCUUAUACCAAUGGGUCAUGGUGUGAAUGCAAAUAUCGCGCAUAGUUCACUAUUAUACAAUGAAUACAUUGUCUACGAUACGGAUCAGAUCAAAAUCAAAUAUCUCUUGCGUCUGGAUUUUCAAUAUGAAGAUUGA